GACGCCGACACGUACAAAUUUCAAGACCACCUUCUUCAAGGAGCCUCCAGUGGAGGAGAACGAGCUGCCGAUCUGCUAGCAGAGUGCGUUCGUGACUAUUCACGCACCAUUGAGACAGUUCCCGACCGUGUGGACAUCGUCGUCAAAGCGUUCGCUAACAUCGACGGGUUGGCGGCGUCGUUGGUGCGCGACGGCGUGAUUCGGGAAGCGAAUCAGUUGAAGCACUUUUGUGCCGGGUUUAAUAAUCGGUCGCCUUUGUUUGACUUCGUGGAUGUCGGCGCUGGCAAGGAGCGAGCUGAUCAAAAGAUUCGUGAGAACUUCCAAUUCUAUCUGGAAGUUCCUGGAUGCCAGCACAUUCUUCUGGCUUGUUGCCAUGAUGCUGGAUAUGCUCCUUUCUUAGGUCAGCAUAUUGUCGACCAGUCCACCGCCAAACGUAUUACGUUGCUUGAGGGUGCUUUGGUGGCUUCGCCCAUGAAAAAUCUGGGGACUGUGCAUCGGGUCCAGUUUCGGGCCGUGUUUACAACAGCAGUCCUGUCACCGAUGAAUGGACGUCAGAGUCCCAGGCCUAAAGGCGGAUACACCUAUGCUGUACCUUUCAAACAGUUGGAAAAGUUGACCAAAGUCACCCGGAAUUCAAAGGGUCAGCGGGUAGACAGUUAUCUCAGCGUGGAUGAGAGUUUAAUGAAACAAGUAAAGAGCUACAACCUCUGUCAUUGGCUCUUCUUGCGCGGCGAGUGUAAAGGUUGCAGUCGAGGAAAGCAUUCGUUUCACCAGCUUUCGGACGUGGAGUUUGAUGCCCUGUGGCUCCUGGCACGUCAGGGAUCAUGUUGGAAAGAGCACCGGGGCAUUUGUGACGAUGCUUUGUGCAUUUAUAGUCAUUGUGGGUGA